UAGGAAGCAUUUCUCUUCUGGAGGCCAACCCUCUUUCCUCUCAAAUGCGACAGAUUUCGAUUUAAAGACAUUACUGAGAUUUUUUUGGUGGAGGAGGCGCAGUGGGAACAAAUCAGACAUUCACAUUUUAACACCGUUCUUCACCACAAAGGUCUGUCCCAGCAUUCCAGUCCCACAAAUUCAGGAGGCGGAGGACGAAGCACGAAAGUCUCCCAUCAAGUUGUGGAUUAAAUGUCGAAUUUUUAAAGUUACCAUGAUUUUGACCUCUCUCAGUUUUGUGCUGCUUCUCGGCUAUGCUCAUUUGUGGACCGCAAAACCCCAGGCCGAAAUAAGGAUGGUUGAGGAGCAGGAUGUUGUUCUACCAUGUCACCAUCGCUUUGGUCACUUAGUAUCAAAGAAUCUGGAUAUUGAGUGGCUUUUGCAGGACUCUGAACCCAAUCAGAAAGUGGUGAUUACCUAUUCUUCAGGUAGAGUGUACACGAAUAUUAGUGCAAGGCAGAGAGGAAGAGUUUCCUUUGCAGCAAAUUACCAGAUGGGGGAUGCUUCCAUUAAAAUAUCAUCCCUUCAUUCGACAGACUCGGGGCUGUACACAUGCAAAGUGAAAAAUGAAGGCGUGUAUGACUGGAAGAAUGCUAUUAAUCUUGUUGUUUUAAUCAAACCCUCUAAACCUAAGUGUUGGACCCAAGGGAAAUUACUGAAAGGAAAUGAUAUCAAACUUCAGUGUAAAUCGGAAAAAGGCACCCAACCCAUCUUGUAUGAUUGGAGACCUGUUUCGGAUACAGAAGAACAUCAAGCCAAACUACGUCCAAGCUUAAACAUAGAUUCAAAAACUCCUGAAAUGCUGUUGCUGAAGAAUUUGAGCCAGGUGAACGCUGGUCUAUACCAGUGCAGUGCCAUAAAUGAGGCAGGAGAAGAAAGCUGCAUUGUUAAUGUUGUAAUUAUGGAUGAGCUCGAUCCUUGGAUCAUUGCUGCUGCUGUUAUUGGAGUUAUAGUUGGGCUAUUGUUAAUCUUCCUAAUCAUUUGGUUAACACUGUACCUGAAAGGGAAGCAUAAAUAUGAGGAAGAGGAAACUCCAAAUGAGAUCAGGGAAGAUGCUGAGGCACCAAAGGCAAAGCUCAUCAACUCACCAUCUUCAGUGGGGACAGGAAGCACAGGAUCUGGUUCCUGUUCAGUCAAUUCUGUCAAAAAUGGAACUGUUUACUCCAAGCAGCCUCAAACACCAUCAAUGGAGGAGAACAAGGCACCCAUUACUUACUCACCAACAGAGGAGGCCAAGAUUGAUAGCAGCGGACCGACUCAGGCACAUAUGAAAAGAAUGGGUGCAGUCCCUGUCAUGAUACCUGCCCAAACAAGGGCUUUUCAGACUGUAUGAGCAUUGAUUGGGGGGAAAUAUUCUCCAACCAAUGUACUGGGAAGUUUUAUCAAUUGAACUUAGGGUUGGAAAACCUGACCUGCGACCUGCCCCAUUUCCAAUUUUGACAUGAGUGAAUUUUGUUCACUGAAUAGGAUAGAUUUACCUAAACUAAAUACCUUCAUACAUUUUGACUGCAUUGGGGAAAAAGUCCAGAAAAGGUAGAAUUCUAUUGAACAGAUGAAUCUACUUUGCACGAUAAAGGCUGGCUUCACUGAUUCUUACACACAGACAUACGCGCACGCACACAGACACACACACACACAAUUCUAAUUGAACUCUGUCUGAAUUUGCUGAACCUGUGGAACGGUAAGAUGCAAGUGAUAUUUUAAUAUUGUUCAGAGAUAGGUAAAUAAAUGCCUUAUUCCAGAAUGUUACUGAAAGUAAACUGGGAAAAGUUCAAGAUUUAAUAACCUACAGUACUCUGAUGCCUGACCUGCUGCUGGUAUUGAUUUAGUAAAAUAUGCUCUAGUACAUUCUAGUGUGUACACUGCCGACAAGCUGAGUUGCUAGCCAAUCUAAUUUGUUCCUUACAUGUUCACAGUCAUUCCCAUAUCGUCCAAGUGUGAUUUUGAAAAACCUGCUGCACAUUCCAACCUGAUGGCUAUAACAGGAUACCUGUCUGAUUGCGGGCUGUGCACAUUUAAUACUCACAGGGAAAGACCCUAACGGAGAAUAAUGUUAGAGGUCGGAAAUCGCAAUAAGCGGUGCAUUUUCAUUUAUUUGAACAUAGACAGGCACCACAGCAUGGACGUAAUCCGAUACAGCUCAGAAAAAAUGACACUGGAAGAUAUUGCUACUGGCAAAAUAAUUUAGAGUAAUGUAUCUUUAAAUGAAACAAUAACGUCAAUUUAUACCCAAAGGUGUACAAAAUUUAAGUAGGGACACAGCCUGCACAAACUAAGAAAAACUUUCCACUCAUCUUUCACACAGACUUGACAAUCGUACACUUCAUGUGAUUACUGUUUUUAAAUCAAAGAAACGUCCGAAGGGCAUGUUCUGUGCUGUAUUGUUCAAUGUUCUAUAUGUCUUAUGAUCAACUUUUAAUAUCUUUGCUAUUCAAUGGUAACUGAUUGACAAUAAUACAACUUUUACUGCUUCCUUAUCCUUCAUGUUCUAACCAGUUUCUUGGUAAAUAGGUCUUUCUGAAAUCUUUACAGUAUCUUGUAUUUAUGGCCCUCAGUUUUGAACUUUUCCACCAAUUGAAACAACUUCUCUAUCAGUAGUCUAUCAAACCCCUUCAUUAUUUUAAAGUCCUCUAUUAAGUGGUCAAAUAUUGCUAGAGCAUGAAUCUAGUUGUACUGAAGAUCAAACUGCACCUUUACUUGCUUCAGUUGAUACCAAUUACACUCGGUGAAUUAAAUAUUAUUUUCCUCAUUAAUGUCAAGAAAAAGAACAAAGUUUUGUUGAGAGAGUGAGAUUUUUUCAACAAAUCCCAGAGGGAGGGGUAGAAAUCUUCUUCAGAAAUUGUCGUGACUCUUCAUGGAUUCAUGAUUAAAUCAUAUACUCUCUUCCUCUUUCAUUUUGCUGGUGUUCAGUAAUCACUCAUAAGAUGCUUUGCCCCAGUGCCCGAUAUGGUUAUUGUUGUCUAAUAUCCACAUAUGCUUCUACAGUGCUUUUAGCCUCCCAACAAUUAUAUAUUUGAAAGUCAUUAUAUCCCUCUUGAAAACAAGGGUCUGCCAUUCAAGUUUUGUUGCCUCUGACUUGGUAGAGAUAAAGGCCUCAAAACUGCCGUCAAAAUAAUAGGUUAAUAGCGCAUGUUAUUAUUGAUGUGCAAAUACCACUGCACCUUCAGAUGAGGACAGAUGUGUAACAAAACACAGAAGUGAACAUUUUCCUGACAGUCAAUAUUUGAAAGAGAACUAUUGAAUUGGAGGAAUUCAUUACUUAAUGUUUUAAUUAUCUGUAUGUUAUUUCAAUUUUCAAUUCUUUUUAAAUGUUGGUGUUCUGUUUCUCUUUUUUAAUCUCAGAUUCCUUUUUCUCUUUAUUUAUUAUACAAUGCAUUCAUCAACUCUAAACUACACUUCCUGCUUCAACCUGUGUGUUAUUCAUUUAAUUUAGUUGAGAAGAUGCACAAUCGUUUGUCCUCUUCACUCAGGUGGUUGACACCUGGUACAGUGUUGCACUCUCUAUCUCAUACUUCCUAUGACUUUAGUGUAAAAUAUCAUGGAGAUGAACAGCUUCUUGGAAGUACAGCAAUUGCAGGUACUUGUUGUUGUGGUAUUUGGCUCAUAACUUGUCUAAUUGAACAAUGGACUCUGUGUUCUGGAUUUUAAAAAACUGGCUUCUGCAAAUUAACUUAAAAUAGUUGAUCAUUGAUAAUUACUUUUCACAUUUAUUUUUUCUGGCUUCAUCUAGAACAGAUGGUCCAAGUACUUUGAAAAAUACACUGCAUAAACUGCAAUGCAGACUUUUAAUUAAUAAUAGACUUACAAUCCCUAAAGAUUGGGUGUGUGCAUAAUACAAACAUAUUUAGUUAUUAACAACACUAUAAAAAGACCAUGGAGUUCAUAACUGUAGUGCUUAGGAAAAUCAUAUUGGUCCAACAUAUGGGAUAUUGUGCAACAUAUUGGAAUUCAUGGACAUGCGCCAAAUACUGUUCAGAACCAUUGUGUUCAUGUCAUUCACACAGUAAGAACUCAUGUUCUCCACUUACUAAGAUUCGCCACAAGUUUAACCAGGGGAAAUUGCAGUGUGCAGACAUGUGUGUUGUAUGUGUAUCUCUCCUUUCUUUGUAGGCAACUGAUAAUUUGGUAAAUGCACAUUCAAAACUAAAAAUGAACAGAGAAGUACAUUUCUGCCUGAGAAAACCUCAAGGGAUUCACAGUCUCAGCAUAUGGGGAACAUAUUAAUCCAUUCAAAAGGAACACAAAAACUUAAUCAGGAUUUCUGACAUGAGCAGCCAGUUUUGAACUUUUUGUUUACUUUUAUUUUUGUAUAUGUUUAAGUAGUUAGAAAGAUAUGUAUUCUUUAAUUGAUAAAUAUUUGCUUAAAGGUUUUUUUUGGAACAGCCAAAUUCCAUUGUUUUUGUUGCAAAAGAGAGGAAUUCAAAAGCAGCACUUGAUGAUAUUAGUACUUAAAGUAUUGGUUCAUUGCCUUAUACAAACAUUGCACUUUCCCAAGUGCAGCUUAGGAAGUUGCAAACUAUUAUGCCCAGUACAACCUAAUCAAGCAACAUUGUGAAUGCGUGGACAUUAGUGGCAUUAUAUCUGCUCAAUCAAUCAUAUCCCAAUGGAGAUUUAUUUGAAGAUCAUUUGCUGCUGAUUUCUGCUGUUAAGACAGCAAAAUUUAUUGAUUUGAUUUUCCUUACUCAGUAUUGUGAAAAUUAUUUACCUGGUCCUAACUUUAUAUGUUGUUAACCACCGCCAUGCAGGUAGUGCAUCUGUGAAAGAUUUUGUUGUAAAUUUUAAAUAUCCUGACAGAAACUAACAAAGAUUUGAAUUUUGUUUAAAAAAAGAAAAUUUUUACUAUGUUUUUGGUUUAAAAGUGAAAGCUUUUUAAUGUAUCGGGAUCUUUUGAAAGGGAAAUAAUGUUCAACUAUGAACUGCUUUAAUAUUGAACAUUACGAUAAUUACAAAGCACCAAAACAGAACAAUACUGGAAAUUUGAAAUCAAAACAGAUAGGUACGUAAUGCAUAGCAGGCUAAAUGGUACCAGAUAAGAGUAGAACCAGACUGACAGAGCAUCUUCACCCAACAUACAAACCUAUGUGUUUUUUUCAGUAGUUGAUAGAUCUGCUCUGAAUUUAGAUAUUUUUUCCUUUCUCAUUGCGUGCACAUAGAUUAAAACAUUUCAAGGUUACAGUCCUCUGUUUAUACCACAUCAAAAAAAUCAUUUGAGGAACAAUGAUUCACAAUUUUUAAAUGUAGGGCAAGUUUAUUUUGUAUAUUUUAUGUUUUGUUCUUUUUUUGUUCACAUAGAUUGUACUGCCAGAUUCCAUAACUGCCAUUUCCUCUCACCAGCUGUCUUUGACAGCUUUACAUUGACAAAUUUACAUACUGAGGGAAGAUAAUGAAAUGCAUGUACGAUCAGCAACUAACUAGAUAGUCCAAAGCUUCUAACUACAACACCUAGAGACUCACUAAUGUGAUUAAAUAAAAUUCUAACAAAAAAUUGUAGUAAAGAUAGUAGGGUGAUUGAUGCCAGCUUUCUUUAAGGCACCCAGUACUCUAAUUAAUUGCAAGCUGUUGUAGUUAGAAACAAAUGACACAAAAAGAGUAUAUUACAAUGGACAGACACUUUUUGGUAAAUAAAGUGCCAGCAUUUGUUUGUUCACGGGUGUAUGCUUUUCUGUUGUUCUUUUUGAUAGUAUUUAAAACUACAUGUUAACUAAGCACUGUAAUAGUAAUUUGCAUCUGACUCUAGUGGGAAGCAUUUCAUUUAAGGUGAACCCUUUGUAUUUAACACACAAUAGGUACUAUAUAUAAAGGUUUUGUUUGUUCAAGGUACGAAAAAGUAUUUCUUGCUGCAGAAAACUGAAAGUCAGUCUGGAACAAUAGUCAUAUGUUAGAAAGAGAAAGUCUAAAAUAGAAUAAAUGGAGAUUUAAUUGCCUGAUUGAAAUAAAAUCAUUGAGAAACACUCAAAGGGAUAAAGAAAGCUCAGUAACUAUUGCACUCUGUGGUACUUUGUUGCCUUUUUGAUUACUUGUGUGAAAUUUCUUUCGCUCUAAAUACUUCAGUAAGAUUUUUUUUUAAAAGUCUAUGAGGAACUAAUUUUAAACUGUCAUACACAAUGCAUGCUCACAUUUCAAUGCAUAGUAUAAGAGAAAUGGCACUGUAUCCUGGAUAACGCAGCACAUAUUCAUGUAAAUAGUUUUUCAUUCUAGGGCAAAUGUAUAUUUUUAUAAAUUACCACAGUAUUUCCUGGUUUGAAUGUUGUAAUGUUCUCCAAUAAAAUAAUGA